UUCAGUUGAAGGCGGCAACAACGACGACGCUUCUCCCAAACUUCCUAAAGUAUUUCCAAACUGUGGAUUUCCUUUCCUUCUGUUUUUUAACAACGCCAAAUAAGCUCGCUCGGAUUAACACUUUUUAAAAGGAAUAACUUGUUUUCUCAUUAACAAGUGGCUGACUGCAGCUUGGGUCCCCAUGCUCUGCCUCGUGAGUGCUGCUUGGCCUGCUGAGCCUGAAGGUGCUGGUGUGUCCGUACUGGGCUGCAGCUAAGGCAGGGACACAGUGACUGGUGGUGGUGGUAGUAUCAUCAUCUGUGUCUGCGGUGGUGGAGGCGGGUCGUCAGAGGGCCCGGAGCCUCGGUAGCAGGCGGAGGGGCCUGUCCUGUCUCAGCCACACGAAGAUGAACAAAUUGAGCUUCCACAACAACAAAACCAUGCAGGACCGCCGCUGCGUCUGUGUCUUUUUGCCCAAUGAUGACACGCUCAAUGUCAUAGUCAAUGUGAAGACCUUGUGCCAGGAACUGUUGGUGCAGGUGUGUGACCUCCUGAGGCUGAAGGACUGUCACCUGUUUGGACUCAGUGUUAUUCAGAAUAAUGAACACAUCUAUAUGGAGCUGGAUCAGAAGCUAUCCAAGUACUGCCCCAAAGAAUGGAAGAGAGAAGCCAGCAAGGGCAUCGAUCAGUUUGGCCCUCCGAUGAUCAUUCACUUCAGAGCUCAGUAUUACGUUGAGAACGGGAGAUUGAUCAGUGACCGGGCAGCCAGGUACUACUACUACUGGCACUUGAGGAAACAGGUGCUGCUCUCACAGUGUAUCCAAAGGGAGGAGGCCUACUUCCUCCUGGCAGCCUUCGCCCUGCAGGCCGACCUCGGCAACUUCAAACGCAACAAGCACUUUGGGAAGUACUUUGAACCUGAAGCCUACUUCCCCCCAUGGGUGAUAGCCAAGCGCGGCCGUGAGUAUAUCUUGAGGCAUAUCCCGAACAUGCACAAAGACCAGUUUGCUCUCACAGCUUCGGAGGCGCAUCUCAAAUACAUCAAGGAGUGUGCCCAGCUUGAUGACGUCACUGUUCACUACUACAGACUCUACAAGGACAAGAAGGAAGUAGAGGCAUCUCUUACUUUGGGACUGACUUUACGUGGUAUCCAAAUAUUUCAGAACGUCGGGUCCGUGAGGCAGCUGCUGUACGACUUCCCCUGGACCAACGUGGGAAAACUGGUAUUUGUGGGAAAGAAGUUUGAAAUCCUUCCUGAUGGCCUGCCCUCGGCCCGUAAGCUCAUCUACUACACAGGCUGUCCCUUACGCUCUCGCCACCUCCUGCAGCUGCUCAGCAACAGCCACCGGCUCUACAUGAACCUGCAGCCUGUUCUCAAACAAGUCCGCCGGUUGGAGGAAAAUGAAGAGAAGAAGCAGUACAGGGAGUCGUACAUCAGUGACGCUCUCGAACUGGACAUGGACCAGCUGGACAAACGUUCCCGGGCCAGCGGCAGCAGCGCAGGGAGCAUGUCUCAUCACAAACGCCUGUCCCGCCACUCCACCACCAGCCACGGCAGUUCACACACCUCCGGCAUCGAGACGGACAGCUUCAGGGCCCCGGGUCAGGCCCCACACAGGCCCCUACGGACCUGCAGCUCGUCCACAACCAGCCACGGGAGCUCGCACACCUCCGGCAUCGAGAGCAGCGGCAAGGAGCGCAUACUAGAUGAUGACGAGAUUGAGAUGCUGGUGGAUGACCCCAAAGACUACGAGGAGCUCCAUGAGAUGGCUCUGGACCAGGAGCUGUGUAUCCACAUCACAGAGGACAUGUUGACCAUGUCUCCUGAUCAGACCAAUGGAUACUCAGGACUGAUAGUAAAAGACGUCAGCUCCUCCACCUCUAGCUCCUCUGAGACCGUCGUCAAGAUGAGAGGACAGAGCAUCGAGUCUCUGCCGCAGACGUCUGCAUGCAGGAAGCCUCAGUCUUCAACCGACCGACACAGCCAGUCUCUUGAUGACGUCCGGCUCUACCAGAAGGACUGCCUACAGUGGGCGGAGCUCUGCCAGGACACUGCCCACAGCUACACAUUCGGCUGCGCCCAGGAGCUGAGUGACGGCGGCGGAGGCGGCUAUCAGGGCCUCGCCGACCAGCGCGCCGGCAUGCUUGGCGAGCAGCACCCGUUUCCCAUCAAGAGAACCAACAAGUACUUCUCCCUGGACCUGACCAGCGACGAGGUUCCCGAGUUCGUUGUGUGACGGAGGCGGAAACAAGGAGGCCUCAGGGUGCCCUGUUCGCUCCGCCGUGUCAGAUGUGGAGAUGUUUCAGCCCUCAGGGAACGAGACAAGAGAGGAGUGUUAGAGAGGCGGUUUCUAGGAUGAGUAAACUGGCAACAAGUUGGCUGUCCCUUCACUUACCACUUCAGACACAUAACAUAAUAAACAAACAAACAUGGAGGAUUCUGGCUCUAAAGGGAACUUAAAGAACGGACACACAGUUCAAGAGAACCUGCGUAUUUAAAACGUAACCUGAGCUGCUCCCCUGUGUGAAAGGAAACAAAAGGGAUCCUGUCAUAUUCUUUAAUUAAAAAAACGUUUUUAUUCAAAUCUGUCUCCUCCAAUCUGGUUUCAAGAACCACACGUGGUGUUUGCCUGCUUCAUUAAGUCAUAAACUGUGUGUGUGUGUGCACGUUGGCUUACAGCAGACAGACUCAUGCACAGACAUGAAGAGCUUAUCAAAGAUUUUCUCUGGAGGACACAAAGGACAAAACGAGCUACGAACCAAAGUCAAGAAAUGGAAAUAAACAACUUUUUCUCGCAGUGUGCAGCCAUGAUGAUUUUAAAGUCAUGGUGGGAGGGACGAUGAUCGCAUAUGUCUUUGAGAGAAAGCAGCCUUGGUCUCUUCUUCUGCGCUGCUUCAUUUGACCUCAGCAGGAAGUGCAGUGUGCCAACUCCCCACUCUCAGACUGGACUCUUAAUCAUGUGAACACACACCCGACGUGCCUUCAUCACACUAUGCAGAUGUCAAACCCUCGCCUUGACAAUCACACACCCUCACCUUAGUCAUUUCUAAAGAUCCAAGCCAUCAGAAUUCAAAGCUCCACAUGAUUUUUUUAAACGUUCACACACUUCAAGCCAGUUUUUCAGCUUCUUAAAUGUCAGAAAGACUCGAUUUCAAACUGUUUGAUGUCCUGUGAACUCCGACUGAGUUUCCCGGGGAGGAAUGAGGUCGAGUAGGUUCCUACAUGUCCCGACUUGCGUCGAGUUUGCGGCCACAAAAGCUUCCCUGUAAUCUAGACUCAAAAUGGAGCCCGGUCGGCUGAUGGCCAAAACAAACCGUACAUUUUGAUGCACACAUGUACGUCCUUCUUUCUGCUCAGUUGUUGUUCACUCUUUUGUUUUUCUGUUUCAUUUCAUCCAUUGUUUUAAACUGGAAUUUGUUACAUUUUUUAUUUUGCAUCCUCUCGUUUUACCUGAAUUCUCUUUACAUGUUGUGUUUUGUAUGAACUCUCCAGACUCGUGUAUGUCGAGCAGUUAUUCUGAUGUCAUUCAGUAUUACAAGCAAAUGUAUGUGACAGUAUUAAGGACGUGUGAUGUUAGUGGAACAAGAAAGACUGGUUUUAUCAUUUUUAAUCCCACAGUCAGAUUCAAGAGAACUGAAGCCUGUUGUGGCUGACAAGAUGUGUUACGAGCACUUAUUUCUCAUUAGUCACAUCUCAGAUUUCACAACACUACAACUGGUGUGAACGAGGGCAGGAAGGUGUUUUUACUCAUCAUUCAUGCAGCUCAGAUUCAAAGUGCCACAGUUACAGCUUUGAUUUAAAACAGCGUCAAGCGUUUUUAAAGAUGCAACCAUAUUUUUUGGUACUGGUUUAUCAUGACCACACAACUACAUUUCGAUUACUGAAAAACAGUAGUUGAAAAGACUGGAUCAUGCUGUUCAUUAAAGGAAUAGUUCAACAUAUUGGGAAAUAUGUUUAUUCCUCUUUCAUGCUGAGAGUUAUAGGAGAAGCUCGAUACCACACACGUCUGUGCACUAAACAUGACGCUACGGCCAGAAAACAAUUAGCUAAGCUUAGCAUCACGUCUGAAAAUGGGGCAAACAGCUAGCCUGGCUCUAUGUGAAGGCAACAGACGUCCUGUUUCCACCAAACACUUUCGGUAUGUAACCAAAAUCAACCCUUUAGACAUGGUACCUAGACCCUAGCAUUU